AGAGGGUCCCCGCUCAGGAAACAUCAGCUACACCACAGUGGUUCCUUCUCUGAUCAGCUGAUCUGCAGAAACCUUCAGCUGCUGCUGUUUAGAAGAACGAAGGAAGUGGGGUUUCCUGCCAUGAUAGAGAAAGCUUUGACCUUUUAUUCAUCAGAGGAGACAAUGGAGACAGCAUCUCUGCUGAGGCUGCUCUGGCUGACCUCGUCGCUGAGCGGCAGAGCUGAAGCUUGUCUAACUGUGAGUCCCAGCAGCUCUCAGUUCUUUGAAGGAGCUUCAGUGUCUCUGAGCUGUGGGGAGGACGACCUUCCUGCAGGAUGGACCCUGAAGAGGAACACCACCAGAGAUAACAGCUCCCAGUGCGCCCACUGGGGAGAACAAGUCGGUUCUUCCUGUGAGAUCACUUAUAUCACACUGUGGGACACUGGAGUGUACUGGUGUGAGUCCAGAGAGGGAGCAGCCAGCAGCAGCAUCCAGCUCACUGUCUCUGGUGGAUCAGUGAUCCUGCAGAGUCCUGUCCUCCCUGUGAUGGAGGGAGAUGACGUCACUCUGAGCUGUCAAACAAAGACUUCCUCCAACCUCCCAGCUGCUUUCAUUAAAGAUGGCUCCCUCAUCAGGACUGAGCCUGGUCACAUGACCCUCCACCAUGUGACCAGCUCUGAUGAAGGCCUCUACAAGUGUAACAUCAGUGGUCAUGGAGAGUCUCCAUCCAGCUGGAUCUCUGUCUCAGGAAAAGUGACUCCUGCUGGCCAGCCUCCUCAUCUCCCCCUCUCUGUGUUAUUACCUGCUGUGGCUGGUUCUGUUCUGCUCUCUCUGGUGUUAUUGGUUGUACUGGUGAGACGGUGUGUUCAAGGAAAACACAAAGGAGGAGAUCAGAUGUUUCCUCCUCCAGCUGCUCAUAAAGAUGAUGUCACCUACAGUCAGGUUCACAUCAGCAGGCCCACCAAGCAACCGAACCGACCCAGACCAGGUAUUUAUAAUCCUGAAACUGAAAAUACUAGUGCUGUUUGGGAUGGACCCACAGGAACCAUCAGCUGCUGAUUUUUACCAAACUGGACCUGCAGCUGUUUAACUUAUCCACAGAAGUUUGACCUCUGUGACCUCACUUCCUGUCCAUCCAGGCUCCUCAUGACCCAGAAGCGGCACCCAGCAGGUGGAGAUAAAGGAGGUUCUGGUGGUAUCGGUC